GAUGGGCUCUCCAUAAUACUUCAGUUAUGAAGGAAGAAGGGCAGCUGAAUUGGUUUUUUGCAAUGGAGAAGACAGAGGGAGAAACACCAGCACUGUCACUCCCACCUUGUUGCUUAUCUCCUUGCCAACAUGUGCCCCAAAUCCUCUCUGUGCUGUAUUAAGGAAAGGAAAAGCUUUGACAUCUUCUUUCUUACAUCACCUUUUCCAAUUCUGCAUCCUAUAACCCUCUGGUGAAAAGAGGAACAAUGACUUCAUAUAGCUGCUGCUUGAUUCUUUUUCUGUUUACCUGGAACACUGCUGCCUAUGGGCCAAACCAACGGGCACAGAAGAAGGGAGACAUUAUUCUUGGAGGAUUGUUCCCCAUUCAUUUUGGAGUGGCUGCUAAAGACCAGGAUCUAAAAUCAAGGCCAGAAUCAGUGGAGUGUAUAAGGUAUAAUUUCCGAGGCUUCCGCUGGCUCCAGGCUAUGAUCUUUGCCAUAGAAGAAAUAAACAGCAGCCCAACUCUCCUUCCCAACAUGACCCUGGGAUACAGGAUAUUUGACACUUGCAACACAGUCUCAAAAGCCCUGGAGGCCACAUUGAGUUUUGUGGCCCAGAACAAGAUAGACUCCCUGAACCUGGACGAAUUCUGUAACUGCUCAGAACAUAUCCCUUCCACCAUUGCAGUUGUGGGAGCAACUGGGUCUGGCAUCUCCACUGCUGUGGCCAAUCUGCUGGGACUCUUUUACAUACCUCAGGUCAGCUAUGCCUCAUCCAGUCGUCUCCUGAGCAAUAAGAACCAGUUCAAGUCCUUCCUGCGCACAAUCCCCAAUGAUGAGCACCAGGCCACAGCCAUGGCAGACAUCAUCGAGUACUUUCGCUGGAACUGGGUGGGAACAAUUGCAGCUGAUGAUGACUAUGGCCGGCCAGGGAUUGAAAAAUUUCGGGAAGAGGCAGAGGAGAGAGAUAUCUGCAUUGAUUUUAGUGAGCUCAUCUCCCAGUACUCAGAUGAAGAGGAGAUCCAGCAAGUGGUAGAGGUCAUCCAGAACUCCACAGCAAGAGUGAUUGUUGUUUUUUCCAGUGGCCCAGAUCUGGAGCCUCUCAUCAAAGAGAUUGUCAGGAGAAACAUCACUGGCAAGAUCUGGCUGGCAAGUGAGGCCUGGGCCAGCUCUUCUCUAAUAGCCAUGCCAGAGUUCUUCCGUGUCAUCGGCAGCACCAUCGGGUUUGCACUGAAGGCAGGACAGAUCCCAGGCUUUCGUGAGUUCCUGCAAAAAGUGCAUCCCAAGAAGUCCACCAACAAUGGCUUUGCCAAGGAGUUUUGGGAGGAGACAUUUAACUGCUAUCUCCCUGAAGGAUCAAAAAAUUCUCCUGCUUCCACUUCCUUCCAUAAGGGCCAUGAAGAGGGGCUGGGAGCUGGAAAUGGAACAUCUUCCUUCCGACCUCCAUGCACAGGGGAAGAGAACAUCACUAGUGUGGAGACACCAUACCUGGACUACACACACUUGCGGAUAUCCUAUAACGUGUACUUGGCAGUGUAUUCCAUCGCCCACGCCUUGCAGGAUAUUUAUACCUGUACCCCUGGGAAGGGACUCUUCACCAACGGGUCCUGUGCAGACAUAAAGAAGGUGGAGGCAUGGCAGGUUCUCAAGCAUCUGCGACACUUAAAUUUCACCAAUAACAUGGGGGAGCAAGUGGAUUUUGAUGAGUUUGGGGACCUGGUAGGAAAUUACUCAAUAAUCAACUGGCAUCUCUCUCCGGAGGAUGGCUCAGUCGUCUUUGAAGAAGUUGGGCACUACAACGUUUAUGCCAAGAAGGGGGAGAGGCUUUUUAUCAAUGAAAACAAGAUCCUAUGGGGUGGAUUUUCUAAGGAGGUGCCUUUCUCCAACUGCAGCAGAGACUGCCUGCCAGGCACGAGGAAGGGCAUCAUUGAGGGGGAGCCCACCUGCUGCUUCGAGUGCGUGGACUGUCCCGACGGGGAGUACAGCGACGAGACAGAUGCAAGUGCCUGUGACAAGUGCCCUGAGGAUUACUGGUCCAACGAGAACCACACGUCCUGCAUCCCCAAGCAGAUAGAGUUUCUGGCCUGGACUGAGCCCUUUGGGAUUGCUCUGACUCUCUUUGCUGUGCUUGGAAUUUUCCUGACUUCUUUUGUUCUGGGAGUCUUCACCAAAUUUCGCAACACACCCAUUGUCAAGGCCACAAACCGAGAGCUAUCCUACCUCCUCCUCUUUUCCUUGCUGUGCUGCUUCUCCAGCUCAUUGUUCUUCAUUGGUGAGCCCCAGAAUUGGACUUGCCGUCUGCGGCAGCCAGCUUUUGGCAUCAGCUUUGUCCUCUGCAUCUCCUGCAUCCUCGUGAAAACCAACCGUGUCCUUCUUGUCUUCGAGGCAAAGAUCCCUACAAGUCUCCACCGAAAGUGGUGGGGCCUCAACCUUCAGUUCCUCCUGGUCUUCUUGUGCACUUUUGUGCAGAUUGUCAUCUGUGUGAUAUGGCUCUAUACUGCCCCACCAUCCAGUUACCGAAACCAUGAACUGGAGGAUGAGAUCAUCUUCAUCACCUGCCAUGAAGGCUCCCUGAUGGCACUCGGCUUCCUCAUUGGCUACACCUGCCUACUGGCAGCCAUCUGUUUCUUCUUUGCCUUCAAGUCUCGAAAGCUGCCUGAGAAUUUUAACGAGGCCAAGUUCAUCACCUUCAGCAUGCUCAUAUUCUUCAUUGUGUGGAUCUCCUUCAUCCCUGCUUAUGCCAGCACGUAUGGCAAGUUCGUGUCUGCUGUGGAGGUGAUUGCAAUACUGGCUGCCAGCUUUGGGCUUCUGGCCUGCAUCUUCUUCAACAAAGUCUACAUCAUCCUCUUCAAGCCCUCCCGCAACACAAUCGAGGAGGUGCGCUGCAGCACAGCUGCCCACGCUUUCAAAGUGGCUGCCAGGGCCACGCUGAGACGGAGCAACGUGUCCCGCAAGCGCUCCAACAGUCUGGGGGGCUCCACCGGCUCCACGCCUUCCUCCUCCAUUAGCAGCAAGAGCAACCACGAGGACCCUUUUCCUCUACCAGCCUGCGCCGAGCGGCAGCGCCAGCAGCAGCGUGGAUGCAAGCAAAAAGUCAGCUUUGGGAGUGGAACGGUGACCCUGUCACUGAGCUUCGAGGAGCCACAGAAGAACGCCAUGGCCAACAGGAACGCCAAGCGCCGGAACUCGCUGGAGGCCCAGAACAGUGAUGACAGCCUGAUGCGGCACCGGGCCCUGCUUCCCCUGCAGAUCAAUGAGCCCCUCGGGGCUGAGCCCAGCUUCCAGGCAGCUUCCAGUCCGGAGACCAGCUCGCAGGAGUCAGUGGUGGGAGACAACAAAGAAGAGGUACCAAGCCCUGAGGCGGAGCCUUCCCUGCCAUCGGUUAACUCACGAAAUUUUAUAGGCACUGGAGGUGGCUCUGUCACAGAGAACACGGUACAUUCCUAACAAAAGAAGAUUGUGAAAAGUACACCAGCCCCCAAGAGGAACUUGCUCACCUCUUGCUUCUGAACAGGAAAGGCAACAAAGACACACUGCUGCGACACAGCCCCACCACACCUUCAUGUUAAUGCCGGCAGGGUUACACAUGUGCCUCCAGAGGAAGGACUGUGUCUGGGGAGCCUUGGAUUGAAUUUGCAUUUGCUUUAUUGAAACCAGGACAUCUCAGAAGGACAAGUGAAGAUCGCCUCUGGUGGGGUUUAAGCAGAAGUCUGCAUGCUGCCUUGCCUCCAUAAGCUUUUCCUGCCAGACUGCAACUCAGCUGACUUAUGGGAGGCACUGGCCAAUUCCACUAUAUCCCGCUUUUACAUUUAUGUAUAAUAUUCCUUUUCCCCACUAUGUAUAAUAUUCCCUCUUUAUCCAGUAUAUGUGAUCUGUAACCAUGUGCAUCAGGACUCUCAGCUCUACAAAAGCAAGGUAUACGGUUUCACUUCAGGAAAGCACAGUCAUAGGGAAAAUAAAAAAGCCCCCAACAUCCUGCAUGCUGUGUACAGCCAAGGGUGUGAACAUGUAAAGUAUUUAAUGUGACAGAGCGCCCUGCUAUUUAUGUUUAGUAAUGUCCCAAUCUCUCCUUUCUGCCCGACAGGAAAUAUUGGACAAUACUCUCUGUAGACUCCAUUGCACUAGACCAAGAUAUUUAGGUUCCUAC